AUGGCGUCGUCCCAUAUCGCCAAGUCCUUUUACGACCUGCGCUGCGUGACGCUGGAGGGAGAUCAGCUGGACUUCAACGUCCUGCGCGGCCGAGUGGUGCUGGUGGUCAACACAGCCUCACUCUGAGGCACCACCACGAGGGACUUCACCCACCUGAACGAGAUGCAGACCAGGUAUCCACACAGACUGGUGGUGUUGGGGUUCCCAUGUAACCAGUUCGGGCACCAGGAGAACUGCUCUAAUGGUGAGAUCCUCAGUUGUCUUCAGCACGUGCGUCCCGGCUCUGGAUUCAAACCUCUCUUCACCAUGCUGGAGAAGUGUGAGGUGAAUGGCGUUAACACCCAUCCGGUCUUCUCCUACCUGAAGACCAAACUGCCCUUCCCUGAUGACGAUCCAGUCUCAUUCCUGCAGGAUCCCCGCCACCUGAUCUGGUCUCCCGUUGCCCGUAGCGACGUGGCGUGGAAUUUCGAGAAGUUCCUCAUCGGGCCAGAGGGGGAGGCGUUUAAACGCUACAGCGCCAAGUUCCUCAUCACAGACAUAGAGCCCGACAUACAGCGCCUGUUACGACUCACCAAGAACCAGUAG